AUGGCCACUGACGGUUUUUGGUUUCCCGCUUCUGAGCCGACGGGUGAGGAACUUGAAACAGCGAUCUUCCUGACAUUUCUUCAGAACAUCUUUUCCACGCAAAAUGUUCCAGCAAAUCGAGAAGCAGCACAAAUGGAGCGGAAGCGAAGUCGGUUGUUUCAGCCGAAACGGAAAAGAGAUAGACAUGAGGAGUCUGCAGAGUCAGAUCAAAAGGAAAGGGGAGGGAAUCUUUUUCACAUCAUUUCAUGUAUUGUCCACGCGGCGGGAAUACCAUACGAGCCACCUCUGGAGGAACAGGGCGUCGCUGCGUCAGGGUUUGUCUCAAUGGCCGCAGAGACAACAACAAUCACCAACACACCUCAGCCUGAAAAGGACGUAUCAUUUGAAGGGGAUUAUGCGGCGCCAAACAAACUUGUCCAGCAGCCCCGAAGUGCGCUUGCUUCUCUUGUUGAAAUUGCCCGUCUAAAGGAGAGACUGCAAAAAACGGAAAAUUCUGAAAGAAAAACCAGGGCUUUCAUAGCAGUAUCCGCAGAUCCUUUAAGAAGUAACAACGAGGGCGCCAACAUCAUGUUGGAGCGUCAUAAAAGCCCAACUGCAUCCGAACAGAGUGGGGAUGAUUUUGGCGUAGCACUGCCUCUUGGUUCUUUUAUUUCUGACGACACCAAUGAUCCGUCAAAGAAAUUUGAAAUACCCGUCGCGAAGCAUCCCUCACAAAUGUCUCAGGAAGAAUUUUUGCGACAGUUCAAACGUGCUCCUCGUCGCGGCGAAAUAGGAUACGAUGCGGAGAGCGUCGCUGCAGCGGAAGCCGUUGGAUACGUCAUGAGCGGUACCAGGAAUAAGGAAAAGCAGCACUACGUAGACAAUAUUCAAAGAAAACUUCAUGAAAAAGAAGCCCGAAAACUUAGAUUGCAAUUCCGAAAAGUUGAAGACGAACGAACAGACAAUACAAUGAUCCAGGGAAUCAUUGCAAUGGUGAAUGAAAAAACUCCCCAUGAAGGCCUCUAA